AUGCCCUCUGUGCUCUUUCCUUCAAUGCGGUUGAUGUUAGCUGCCAUGUUGUGCUGUUGCUUCAUCACCCUCUCCAUCUCCAGUUCAAACCUUGCAGUGGCUCUGAUUUGUAUGACCUCCUGUCCUCAUCAUGGUUACGGUGGAGACCUGAAAUGGAAAACUGAGCAGGAGGGACUUGUGCUUGCUGCACAGAAUGCUGGCUCACUGCUGACAUUAGUCACCGGCAUGUGGGCAGAUCGCCUUAAUGGUAAAUGGAUGGUCUUCGUUGCUCUACUUCUGUGUUGUGUGGGCAACCUUGUGCUACCCUUAUUUGCAGCUGAAUCUUUCUGGUUUGCUGUCAUUGCAAGGAUUGCCGUGGGAGCCUCCGAUGCAUGCCUGAUGCCAGCGUGUAAUUCACUGAUCACUAGGUGGUUUCCGCAAUCGGAGAGAGCGGCAGCAAUCGGGCUAAUCUCAGGUGGCCGCCAAAUAGGUAAGAAAUUGAACGAAUUCGUUUUUUCCGGUUCUCUGACCACCACAAUCUGCAUCAUCACUCUAUUAAUAUAA